UUCUAAGCAAAAAUAUGAAAUUUUUUGUGAUAUUAUCUCUGGUUGGAGCGGCGUUUUGCGCCCGCUUGGAUAACACCUACCUGCCACCAGCGGGCGCUGGUGGUGCAGGUGGAUAUCAAAGUCCAGGCUUUGGAGGAGCGCCAAGUAGAGGAUUUGGCGGUGGUGGUAGUGGAGGAGGAGGCGGUGGAGGCCGUUAUUCCGGCGGAGGCGGCGGUGGUGGUGGAGGUGGCGCAGGUGCCAACAUUCCUAUUUUAAGAUACGACAAUGAUAACGAUGGUACUGGCAACUACAACUACGCUUAUGAAACUGGCAAUGGUAUCCAAGCCCAAGAAAGAGGACAAGUCAAAGGUAGUGGUCCUGAAGAUGCAGUGACAGCCCAAGGUUCCUUCUCUUACACCGGUCCAGACGGUCAACAAUACUCUAUUCAGUACGUAGCUGACGAGAAUGGUUUCCGACCAGUCGGUGCCCAUCUGCCAACGCCACCACCAAUUCCGGAAGCCAUCCUUCGCUCAAUCGAGCAGAACAAAGCGGAAGCGGCUCGCGGCGGCGGCAACGACGACGGACAGUACAAACCAAGCGGUGGUGGUGGCGGUGGAGGAUUUGGUGGCGGUUCGGGCGGUAGCGGUGGAGGAGGAUUCGGUGGCGGUGGCGCCGGCAGGACGUACGUGCCACCACGACCGAGCGGAUCAUUCAGCCCACAAAGCGGAUACAAUUAUUAAAGACAAUGUGGAUUACUCUUGCACAUUAGUCGUUCUAGGAUUUAAACGCUAAGAAUCUGUGGUACAUUUAACUUAUCGAAUCGAUGCUAUCGAAAAUGGUCUCCGCUGGUAGAUCCAUCUGUAUACCCCAGCAAUUUGUUCAAGUAACCAUGUAUUUAAUUAUGUGUAUUAAUUGUCUAUACAUGCAUUGAAAUGC